CUGCUCGCCAUUUCCCAUCAGCCCUUCCGGCUCUUACACACCCGGGAACAAGGUCGUGAAAAGAGGUGGUCUUGGUGUGGUUCCUUUCGUCUGGAGUCUCUGCGCUUUUCGCAGAACUUCCAACAGCGCUAUGUUGGGACAGAGCAUCCGGAGGUUCACAACCUCUGUGGUCCGUAGAGGCCACUAUGAGGAGGGCCCAGGGAAGAAUUUGCCAUUUUCAGUGGAAAACAAGUGGCGGUUACUAGCUAUGAUGACUCUGUACUUUGGAUCUGGAUUUGCUGCACCUUUUUUUAUAGUAAGGCACCAACUACUUAAGAAAUGAGGUUUAAAUUAAUCCAUUGAACAGAUGUGGAAAGGAGCAUUUUAAGAGGUGCAGUCUGAAAAAAUGGAUCAAACUCUUGAAUGCAACAUACUCAAUAUGUUUGUAAAUAAACUUAUGGCAUGAAUCCUUAAUGCCUCUUCUCUGAAACCUGGAAUGUGAUAAUUGUGCUUACUUUUUAUUUGGGAAAUAUUCCAGUAUUUGGUCAAAAUAUGUGUGUAAUUUAGCUUCUUUCUUGGUUUUAAAUUUUGAGAUUUAAUUUUUGAUUACUAGGUCAUGACCUUGUUGGUAAUUUAUGUUAUAUAAAAUAGAAACCUGAAUUUGUCCCACAGUAAUUUUUGUAAUUGAAAAAGAGGAAGAAGUGUACUUGUAGUCUUUACUUUGAAGCUGUAAAAUUGUUUCUCUUCAUGAGUGAUAAUUAAUUAUGAGGAAAACCAUUAGUGAGUAUGUACAGAGUGAAGUCCAAGAGUUUUUUUCCUCCAGACUUGUAAUCUAAAACUAAAAUUUUUGCCUUGAUAAAUUUGCAGUUGACCAAUACUAGUCUUGUUUAGACUGAAUAAAAGAAUAUUUGAAAUGAAAUGUAAUAACUUAAUGCAAGGUAGAAUGUACAGAUAUUAUAAGUUUAUUCUGGAACUUUAGUACAUGGACUAAAAGAUGGCUCUGAAGAGCCAAAUUUAUGUUAUGGAUAGUAAAAUGCUGCUAGCUACUUAAAGUAUAAUGACUUAGUUCCUAGAGCUUUGAACUGGGGCUGGAAAAAGGUAGUCGGUGAAUGUCUUAAUCCUACUUUGGUCACUUUUAGAAUACCACUGCUAUUAGAGUAACGCCAUGAAGCAGAGGUUGUAAACCAGUGGUCUCUUUGAGCUCUAGACUUCAUGGUGAUUGGAGGUACUAUAGUUUUUAAAGCAGUAUUUACAAACUAGAAUAAUUAAAAGAAAGUCUCUUGAAAAAUU